AUGAAGAUCUUCUACAUCGGAGUCCUCCGAAAUGAAUCGAGCCCUGCCCUUGAACUCGCCGUCGAGCGCGACCUCUCGUCCUUUUCCCGCUUCACACGAGACAGCUACGGCGAGUUCAUGAGCGUGUUUGCCAAAACCGUCGCCGAACGCACCCGGCCCGGCGUCCGCCAGGACAUUGAAGAGAAAUCCUACACGUUUCACGCAUACGGCUCGUCCCUGGGUGUCUGCGGCAUCAUCAUAUCCGACGCAGAGUACCCGGCCCUGGUGGCGCAUCAGCUCCUCUCCAAGAUCGUCGACGAGUAUACGUCGCAGAACCCGCGCAGUUCAUACGCCUCGAAUCCUCCGCAGACCCGGCCCUACGCCCAGCUGAAGGAGUAUAUCACCAAGUAUCAGGAUCCGGGGCAGGCGGACAGUAUCAUGAAGGUGCAGCGGGAGUUGGACGAGACCAAGAUCGUGCUGCACAAAACGAUCGAGAGCGUCUUGGAGAGAGGGGAGAAGAUCGACAGUCUGGUGGCCAAGAGUGACGGGCUGAGCGCGCAAAGUAAGAUGUUCUACCAGCAGGCCAAGAAGCAGAACAGUUGUUGUGUGGUGAUGUGA